AUGGUUACCGGUGAUGAUAGAUAUGACUCAUUUGAAGAUCUUGAUCUUACGGGAUUUGAUAAUGAUGAUAUCGCGGCUUCCUUAGCUAGUAGUGCUAAUGUUGUGUCCAAUGAGACUCUUGACACAAUUUUUCAAAAUGUCGAUGAUGGUGUUUUGCCGACAACUGAGACGAGGAAGUCAAGCGAAAAUCUUACUCCAACUUCUGAGCAGAUGGUGUCAACUUCGAUUCCAAUGGAGAUAGUUGUGGGAUGUUCCCCUCCUGUAUCUAUUCCUCCUACAACUGAACCAUUUGUUAGUGUAAUACCUCCACAAGCUGAUCAACCUCAUUCAAAGAGGAGAAGACUUGAUGAAAGACAAUCCGAGCUAAUUACUAGUUUGGUCAGUGGUCUUCCUACACUGCCAAUUACUACUGCUACUACACGACUUUCUGCGACAAAGAUGUUCGCAACUGGACCUAGUUCAGUUUUUGAUGUUGGCGGCCCCUCAGCUCCUCCCGGUUUUCCUGUUCCAAGAUUAAAUAAGGAUGCUGCUUCUGAGAGGCUGGCUUUGCACAUGGCAGAAGAACAGCUUCGUUCGUCCAGUCCUCAAGGAAAGAGCAUUUCUAUAAACAAAGGGGGUGCUCCAGAUGAUGAUUCAUCUUUUGCUAGUUUGCAAAAGGAGAUUGCUGUGCUAAUUCAGAAGAACAUAGAGCUUGACAUUCAAGUAGCUGAACUUCGUGCUCAAAACAUUAAGCUUCGUACUCAAGUGUCUAAGCUUCAGUCAGAUAGAACUUAUCUUGGCGGACAUUUGGCAGAAGUUAAAAGGGAUAAGAAAGUGAAAAGUAAGCAGAUUUCUGAUCUUCAAGAACAUUCCAAUCUGCUAACUUCGAGCUACUUUGAAUUGAAAAAGAAAUUGGAGGAUGAUUUUGGUGAGAAGUAUAAAACGAACAUAGAAGAACAAAGAAUAAAUUUACAUGUGCAAGCAUAUCCAGUAAAUGUGCCAACUGGUCAAUCUUCUGGUUCUGCUGAACGUAUUGCUGUUGUUCCUCCUAUGGCUUCUCAUAUUCAAGAGAUCAUUCGGAAAAAUCAAGAAGAUGAUACUGAGAAGGGGCAGUUGUUAUUCAAGAGAAAUGCUACUCAGGGUCUUCGAUUAAACCAUGUCAAACUUCAAACUUCAAAGCAAAACUCCCGUUUUGCCCAUACUGACCCUCGUAUAAGAUCGACCAACAACACUUCUUUCCUUCCCCUCACUAAACACAGAGGUAUUGCAUAUUUGCAUCAGAUGGGUUCCGAAGCAGAACUUUGUAAGCCACAUGCCAUAUGUAUCCCCUAUCCAGCACAAGGCCACAUCAACCCCAUGAUGAAACUUGCCAAGCUCCUUCACUUUAAGGGCUUCCAUAUCUCCUUCGUCAACACCCACUACAACCAUAAGCGCCUGCUCAGAUCCCGAGGUCCUUCAUCCCUCAAAGGCCUCCCAGAUUUUCGUUUUCACUCCAUUCCCGAUGGUCUUCCGCCAUCUGACGCUGAAGCCACCCAGUCAAUCCCUGACAUCUGUGAAUCUGUUCCUAAGCACUGUCUGGAACCUUUCUGUGAGCUUAUCACUAAGCUUAAUGGUGGUGAGGAGUCCGAUGUGCCCCCAGUGAGUUGUAUUAUAUCCGAUGGGUGCAUGAGCUUUACACUUACAGCUGCCGAGAGGUUUGGGUUGCCGGAAGUAUUGUUCUGGACACCAAGUGCCUGCGGGCUUUUGGGUUACACUCGCUAUCGUGAACUUCUUCAGAGGGGGUAUACUCCCCUCAAAGAUAUAAACGACAUAACAAAUGGGUAUUUGGAAACAAGCUUGGAUUGGAUUCCUGGAAUGAAUAACAUACGACUAAGGGAUUUACCGAGCUUCAUUCGAACCACAGACAUAAACGACAUCUUGUUCAACUAUCUUAUGACCGAAGCAGAAACUCUUCCUAGGGGUACGGCUAUUGUGCUGAACACAUUUGAUGCCUUAGAACAAGAUAGUGUUAACCCUUUAAUUGAGAUAAACCCACGAACCUACACCAUUGGCCCACUACACUUGAUGCAACGACAUAUUGAUGAUGAUCGGCUCAAAGAUAUUGGCUCCAAUCUUUGGAAAGAAGACGAUAAUUGCAUCAAGUGGCUAGACACAAAAGACAUUGGCUCCGUUGUUUACGUGAACUUUGGAAGUAUUACAGUAAUGACAAAAGAACAACUCAUCGAGUUUGGGUGGGGUCUUGCUAAUAGCAAGAAGAAUUUCUUAUGGAUAACUAGGCCGGACAUUGUGGGAGGCAAAGAGGCCUUGAUGCCACAAGAGUUUGUGGAUGAGACAAAAGAGAGAGGCUUGGUGACUAGUUGGUGUCCUCAAGAACAGGUUUUGAGGCAUUCAGCAAUCGGGGUAUUCUUGACUCACAGUGGAUGGAACUCAACUAUUGAGAGUAUUAGCAGCGGUGUUCCAGUGAUUUGUUGGCCGUUUUUUGCAGAGCAACAAACAAAUUGUCGGUAUAGUUGUGUAGAGUGGGGGAUUGGAAUGGAAAUUGAUACAGAUGUUAAGAGAGAGGAGGUGGAGGCUCAGGUGAGGGAUAUGAUGGAUGGGAAGAAAGGGAAGAUUAUGAAAAGUAAGGCUUUGGAGUGGAAGAAGGAAGCAGAAGAAGCCGUUGCUAUUAGUGGAUCGUCUUAUCUCAACUUUGAAAAAUUAAUCAGUGAGGUUCUUUUAAGGAAGUGCAGUUGAUAUUUGGUUGCUAUUGGUCAAUAUGUCAACAAAAGUUUUGGAAAAAACCACUCAGUUAAAUUGUUUCUUUUCCGGCAGCUUAAACAUCAUCAAAAAGAUAUUGCGAUCAUUUUGAAUCUAUCAUAAAUAAAUGAAAAAUGCGGAUGAUGUAUUGUUUACUUUUAAAACAUGAAAAGAUUUGCAGCAACAUA